AUGCAUUUCAGUCGAAAUCCUGGACCGUCUCUUAUAAUCCUGGAGAAUCUUUCAAAAUCCCAAGUUUAUUCAGAAUCCCUCAGAAUUUCAGAAGCUCUCGUAACCUCCCGGAAACUUUCUGAAAUUCUUGCUCGUCAAGAAAACCUGAAUAUCAGAUUCUCGGGACGUUCAAAUUCAUUCAAAAAGCUGAUCCAGAAAACCGGAAUCGAAAAAUCCGGAUUCCGGAAUCCAGAAUCCGGUGCGCAUACUCCGAAAUUCAGUACCCAGAAUUCAUGUAUGGGGGUCAGAUACUCAAAAUUCUUCAGAUUCAGGCCUUCAAAAAGUGGCCACAGAGCUCAAAAACCUCCAAAAUCUCACUUUUUCAGAGUGGAAGCAUCAUUUUGUGGAUUGGCCAAAACGUGA